AAGUCAAACACAUGUAAACUUUCUGUAAUAAAAUAAAAUAGAGAACUAUUUAAGACAGCAUAGAGUCCUUAUCGUGAACACUGUGCAGUAAUAUUGCUUGACUACUUAUCCCAGUCCUUCUCUUUAAUAUCUGUGAAUUAAAAAGGAGUCUCUGACCCCUGACAGACUUAACAGGACUGGUGAAAGUUGCUACAUUAAUUGAAUGCCGCUCAGCAUUACACAGGUAAUUAAAUUAAAUAAUCUCUAAUGAGUUUGGAUUGACAAUCAAGCAAAUAAAUAUAUACUUAUAAAAUUCAUUUCUAUAAGUGAAUCUAUUAUUUUAAUGACUUUCAACAAUUUUUAUUUUGACUUUAGAAUAACCAGAUAGACAACAUUCUUAGAUUAUAAUAUGUACACUUGUGUUUUAAUAAAUUAUACAUAGUCACAUAAACAUAUAUGCUAGUUUUUCACAUAUAAAUUAGUCAUAAAUACAUAAGAGUAUGUAUUUAUAUAUGUACAAAACAAAAGACCACGGGCUGCUACUGUAAGGAUGUUUAUGUAUUUACCUGAGUAUUUUUGCUGCAAUUCUUCAUUGAAAAUACUUUGGGGUAAAGCAUUCUUGUCUUUUCACAGAGAUUCUCAAAAAUGCCGGUUAUCUACAUAGGACUGCUCCUCUUAGGUGUGUCCUGGGCAGCACCAGUGAGCAUGACAUUUCGACCUCAGACGAAGGAAACUCAGCGAGGCUGUGUGGAAGAGCAGAGGAUGACGUACAAAGGCCACCAUGAGAAGCAUGGGCAUUACAUUUUUAAGUGUGUUUACACACUGCCUGGGAAGAAAAAUCAAACCAACGUAAAGGAAGAAGAGAAGAAAGACAAAGAGAAUGCCGCUCUUGACCACUUUGACAAGAGAAGAAAUCAGCAGCUGUCACCUAAAGAUACUGCGCAGGGAAGAGAUCUGGCCCUUUUGGAAACCAUUGGAAAGAACCGGAGUGUUAAAUCUCAAACACCUUCCACAAAUAGGCAGACCCUGAAUGAAGACCUCAGCGUUAUUACCACCAGUGUCCACAAUGACCGAGAAAUGUCCAUUUAUCCUGAACCCACUGGGGACAGAGGGGUUGAGGAUGGAGAUGAUGCCACUGGCAAAUUCCAUGACCAGGAAGAGUACAGUACAGGGCUCAUUGGAAAGAAUACACAGCACACCAUGGGGCCCAUGAUGGUGACUGGAGCCCUGGGGGAAGAAAACCGAAAGAGUAAACUUAGGAAUGUUGUAAGGAGCAUUCCAGAAGGUAUUCACUAUGCCAAAAUCCACUCAAAAGAAAAAAGGAACCAUCAAAGAGAUUCUCAAGUACAGAGUAGUCCAAUAAAAAGCAAGAGCAUCCGUCAUAUCCAACACAAUGCUGAUUACCUAAAACAGCUCCCCAAAGUCAAAAAGGUCUCUAGGGAUUUUGAAGGUAGUGGUUACACGGGGAGAGGGGACAAUGACAUCACUCCAUUCAGUGGAGAUGGCCAACCUUCCAAGGACAUUCCUCGUAAAGGAGGAGUGAUUGGUCCCGACCCAGGAGGUAUAGAUGUCCAAACAGGGUUUUCAGGUCCAAGGAAAGCUGAGGCUAUCGAUCCCGACACAAAAGGACCAGGCUAUAAUGAGAUCCCAGAGAGAGAAGAAAAUGGUGGUGAUGCCUUUGGAACCAGAGAUCAAACAGCGAAAGAGGCUACUGAUGUCAGCCUUGCAAAAGGCAGCAAUGACAUCAUAGGUAGUACCAAUUUUAAGAAACUCCCUGGAAAAGAAGGAAACAGAGUGGAUGCUGACAGCCAAAAUGCCCACCAAGGAAAAGUUGAAUUUCAUUUCCCUCAGGCACCCUCACAAGGAAAAAGAAAAGAAGGCAGUCGUGAUGCAACCCCAAGUACCAAUUACAAUGAAAUUCCUAAGAAUGGCAAAGGAAGCAGCAGAAAAGGUACGGGACACUCUGAUAGAAACCAAGUAAAUGUACAUGAGAACCAAAGAUUUUCCGCCAAGGGCAAAAGUCAGGACCUGCUCAGUCCUUCUCGUGGUCUUGAUAAUGAAAUGAAAAAUGAAAUAGGUUCCCAUGGUGGCCCCAAUAACAGAGGGAAUACAAUAACACACAGCAGAAAAAAUCAUUAUGUACCUCACCCACAAGACAAUGAGGCGUGGAAUAGCGGUGUGCCUCAAAGGAAAGGCUUGUGGGGUUACAGAAGAUCUCAUUCCAAUAGGAGUUUUAGGCUCCGUAAAAAGGACGACAGCAGUGAAUCAUCAGACAGCGGCAGUUCAAGUGAGAGUGAUGGUGACUAGUCCCCAGGGAUGCCAGCAGGCCGUGGUCUGAAUACCUAGCCCCCUGCAAGCUGACAACAGCCCAGAGCCACCCAACAGCAAACCAGUGCCGGGGAGGAUAGAGUGGGAGAACCAAGUGAACCAAGGAGCUUGGUCUCCUCCGGGGAACUUUCACAACUUUAAUGGUCACAGUAUGAAAUUCUAUUCCAAGUUAUAAGGUUCUUUAAGCAAAACAAAAAUCUUAUUAAGAAUUUAUGGAAUAAGUACUAUUUGCUUGAAUGUAUGCCAUUUAAAACAUAGUCUGUGACUCUCACAAACAUCUUGUUAUGUUGGUUGUAUUGUAGCCUUGAAGAUAAACGAUCUCUUUUUGUGAUAAUCUCUAA